AUAUAAACUUAAUUUCUCGAUUUAAAAUCGUACUUGACGCAGUGUCAUUGCGUAAAAUAAUCAUCGACCAUACAUAUAAUCUGCUCCAGUAAAUAAUAUCGUUCUUUAUAAUUUAGUAAUUUAUUCUGGUGCUUACAUCAAUGUUAAGCAAAACGUUACGGCCAGGUUCUCAUUACACGAUACGAAUCAUGAGUUCAAUGCCGGGUCCAGUAGAAUGUAUCAUCAAAAACAAAUUAGAAACGUCUUUAGAAGCAUCUCUUGUGAAUAUAAUCAAUGAAUCUUAUAUGCACAAUGUACCAAAAGGUGCUGAAACCCAUUUCAAAGUUUUAGUUGUAUCUAAUAAAUUUGAUGGACUUCCCCUUAUUAAGGUAAACUUUCUUUCCUAUUUCAAUGUUCUUGUCAUAUAGUCUUCAUAUUAAACAAAUGGAAGGAAUUAUUCAAUUAAGCUACAAUAAAAGAAGCUGAAUAC